GUAACUUCAAGAAGAGGCGUUCAUGCAUGGACUCAAAAAGCCGUCCCAGUGCUUUUGCGGACGCCAGCACACAGACGGCAGCCGUGAAGGAAUGGAGACAGAGGAACGCAAAGCACAAGGAGACGGCCAGUUCACUGCUACGAAAAGUCAAACAGCUGAAAAGUGAUUCUGAAGCCGUGCAGAAAACAACUCUAUGGCUUCAGGAGCGAGACGCUCUCAAUCGCGAGCAAGAAAUCUGCGAAGAGAAUCUGGAAGUCCUGCGUGCCGACCUUGGAAAGCUAGUGCAGGAUGUCGAGCACGAAGAGCGGCAAACUGAACUCGCCGCGCUAAAGUCUCUCAUCCUUCAGCAACUGAAAGACUUGGGCGCGUUGACUCGUGGUACAUCCCUUCCUUGCACCGCCCGUAACGAAGCGGCGGAGAAGGCGGAACGUGUGACUCGUCUUCGUGAGUGGAUCAAAUCGGAAAGGGGAAAUGCGCAAGCCCUUGCGCGCACACUCUCUUCCAGCUCCGCAAGCGGCACAUCCUCCUUCUUCGCAGUUGACUUCGACACCGCUACGCACGAGGCAAAUGAAGCCUUUGCACGGCUGUGCCACACGUAUCAGCCGUCUGAAGAACUGCGGCAGAUCUUUGCGUCCACGCUGAGCAGCACCGAGGACGAGGUGCGCGGGCGACUUGAAAGCUCGCAGUACGCGGAUGCAGCGACGUGUGAGGAGGAUGUGCUGCGUACCGUGUGCCUCAUCAUUAAGAUGGGCCAUCAAGCAAGGCAGUUCAACCUGUCUGCCGCCACACGAGCUGCCCUGGCCGAUCGAGUGUCGGCAGUGUUCCCCAGCAUGACUGCCGCCCAGGUGCAGCACGCCGUCGACGAGGGCCUUUCAUUGCGACGGGCACAGGCAGCGGGCAAGGCGGCACUGUCGGACUACCACCGCAGCAUCGCGUCUCUGCUCUCUUCGUGCGAGUCGGCGUUCGUGGUGGCAAAAGAAGCACAAGACGAUCGACUGGAAAAGGAGGCGGCGGCGCAGCAGCGCAGUACAGAGCAGGCAAGUCGGCAUGCCCGGCUGGCGGAAAAGCGGGCCGCACACGAGGCGGUGCUGCGCCGUCGCCGCAGCGUGGAGGAGCAGCGGCAAAGCGCAGCGGCCGCCAAGGCCGACGCCCUUCGCGCAAAGCGUGCAGAGGAGUUCCAAGAACGGCUGCGGCUUCUGCAAGCGUACGAGACGCAGCGAGCACUUUUGCGCGAAAAGGAGCAGCAACUGCGGGAGAUGAAGGCGCGCGCCAUCGAGGAGGAGAAGGCCGCGCGGAUGAAGCGCAAUGAGGCUCGUGUGGACUUCCGCCGUAGGCAAGAGGAGCAGCGCCUGAAAGAGCAGAAGGAGCAGGAGGAAGAAGUGCAAGCCUUGCAACUCAAGAAACAGCAGGCCCUUGAGCGCUUCUUUGCAUCCGUUGAUAAGCAACUUGGUGUCGAGGUGGAUCCCCAGCGAGUAUUGAAGGCAACUUCGUCCAGUGCACAGACGGAGAGCUAUGAGACCCUGGCGCAGACUACCCGCCCCUCCAUUACGGGUUUUUCAGACGACCAAAUAAUGAAAGAUCCGCGCGUCCGACUGUAUCAUGCGCUGCUAGCUGCUGGCCUGCACACGACUCCGUAUGGCCGCGAGGUGGUGACGCGCGGCUACCACGUGGCGCCCUCGCAAAUGAGCAGCGAAAACAAUCCUUUGAGGGGACCGUUUUCGUGA